AUGAAGAAAAGGGACGCAUUAAAGUGUAUGCACGCUUUGUGCGCGUUGUUCCUGCUGGGGGCUGAAGCGAAUUGCAAUGGAGUGAAGCUCCUUUCAGGGAAAAGCAGAGUUGCCCGUACAGUUGGGCGGGGAGGAAGUAGUGCCAACAAUAGUGGUAACAGUAUCUGCAGCAGCAGGAGGGGAGCCGCUCUGAAACGCCACCUCAGGGGGGAUUCCCCCCAACCGGAAUGCAACAAAAAGGGGAAACAAAAAAAGGUGAGGUACUUCAUAACACCGGGGGGGCAUCACAUGAGAGACUUAGACCAGGGGACAAAAAGGAGGACGAAGCGGAUCGAACGUACUAGCCAGACAAAACAAUUCGCGCUACACAUGGAUGCGAGCAAGGGAGAUCCCAACCAGUAUAUGUUUAACCAGAUGAUGGAAGGGAAGAAUAACCAAGGGCAGACAUUCCCUACAGGAGUAACAAACAAAUAUGGACAAAAAAAACCAACUGUUGACGCUGCAUCGGAGAAUCGCUCCCCCCUGAAGGAAGACGACGUGACGUAUAGGUACGUAGAAGAAAUGGAAGCAAAAAAAAUUAACAUCCGGGGAGUGGACAUAGAAUAUCGAGUGUACAAUUUAGAAGAAGGAAUAUACAUUGUGGAUAAUGAAAAUUAUGAGAAAAUAAAAAAAUUAUGGGAUAAAGACGAAUUAAAGAAGGCUAAGGAAAAUUUCGAAGGAUCUUUUAGCAUAAAAAAUCAGGGCAUUAAGGAGGAGGACUGGAUUAUGCUCCCACUAGAUUAUGAGGAAGACAAAAACAUCAAAUUGGUGAAGGCAGACUUUGACAACCCCACGUAUGAUUAUAUAAUAACGUACUACGAUAAAGAAAGGAAUUACUACUUCGAGUAUAAGAGGAGAAAUUAUUACAAACCGUUUCGUAAUACAGUGCAUGAAACACCACCAUACAAAUCUGAGUCAGAGGAAGACAGAAGAUAUUAUGGGAAAGAAAUUAUUAUACCUAAGAAAAAGCUAGAUAAUGAAAUUUUUAGGCAACCAAUGUUACAUGAUGUUUUGACAGCGGGGUGCAAUAGAGAACCGAUAGGAUUAGAAUCAUGGAGAUAUGUAAAAUAUCCAUACGGAAAUUUAAUUGAGUAUCAAAAAUACAGCCAACUUUAUUGUGUUAAAAAAAAUGGGAAAGAUAAACCCGUUAUGAGGUAUCACUAUUUGGGGAAUAGCAAUUUAGCUGUUUCUGAAAUUUGUCUAGGCACCAUGAAUUUUGGAAAUUAUGUGGAUCAGAAAUUGGCCCACGAAUUAUUUGAUUAUGCUUAUGAGGAAUUCCAGGUGAAUUUUUUCGAUACGGCUGAAAUAUAUCCUUUACCUGUUAGCGAGAAUUAUUUUGGUCUGUCUGAGGAGAUUUUAGGGAACUGGAUUAGGGCUAAGGGGAAGGCCAACCGGCACAAGUUUGUCAUCGCGACGAAGAUUUGCGGCAGGACGGAUAGGAUUCCUUGGGCGAAGAAGUACAAGCGGGGCGGUGCAACUGGACGGGAGGCUGAUACAACUAUGUAUACGCAUGGGUUUGGGCAGGACAAACCAGCGAAUGGUCAGGGGAACCCCUACCAGCAGGAGAGUAAAAGCCCGAUGGAAAAGCUGGAGGAGCUAAAAAGGAAGGAGGAAUUAUAUUUGAAAAAGGACUACGAAGCGGUGGAAAAGAUGAAAGAACUGGAGAAGUGGAAGCAGAGUCAAACAGAUGACAACCUGAUCACACUGAGUAGGGAGAAUAUAAUUUCCAGUGUGGAUAACUGUUUGCUUAGAUUGAAGACGAAUUACAUCGACCUGCUGCAACUGCAUUGGCCAGACAGGUACUAUCCCAAUCAGUCUUCCGGAGAUUAUAGUGAUGUGCUUUAUGACUAUAACAAGUACACUGACGACUUUGUGCCCUUUAUAGAGCAGCUGCAAGCAAUCAAUGAGUUAAAAAAGAAGGGGAAAAUUAGAGAAUGGGGACUAAGUAAUGAAACUCCCUUUGGGUUACUCAAAUUUUACGAUUUAUGCAAACAGUUAAACAUAUCUCCACCCGUAUCGGUGCAGUUAGAAUACAAUUUAUUGUGUCGCAAUGAUGUAGAAAAAGGGUUUCUUGAAAUUUGUAGACCCCAAAAUGCUAAUGUUUCUAUUUUGGCUUAUUCACCCCUAUGUGCUGGCAUUUUAACGGGGAAGUAUUUAGAAUACACGGAUUACACGACCAAGGGGAGAAUGCAAAAGUUUCCUUCCUACAUGAAGCGGUUACGUGGAUCCAUAGCUACUUAUAUCAUUAGGGAGUUGUACUAUUUAAGUCAGAAGUACUACUUCCCCAAUUUGACUGUUGCCGCCCUAAAAUGGGUGUACACAAGAUCCUUCGUCACGUCCACCGUUAUUGGCGUGUCCGACUUUCUACAGCUACGCGAGAAUUUGUACUCUCUCACGGAGGACGUACUCUUUACGGACAAACUGGAGCGAGAGAUAAACGCGCUGCACUGGAAGUUCAGGGACCCCAUCAGGAUCAUCCAGUGA